CAUAUAUACCACAUGUUUGAGUGCUCUUUUGUAAAUGUUUUAUUAUUUACAUAAUAACUAUUUUGUAUAUUUCAGUAAUGCGGCAUAUUUGUAUAAUGAAAUCGGUUUUUAUCACAGAUCGCGAAUUACCGUUAAAAAUCAUUGUUCAGCGACGCUAGGUGCACUAGGUGGUGCGUCAUUUACGGCUUCGACGACGCAUACUUCACCAUUGCUGAAUAUGUCUUCAAAGCACGAAAUGGCUGGUGAAUUUGAGACGCUGCAGAUGAAGAGUAUCACCAAGGCAUUGGAGAAGUUUGUUACGUUUGGAAAAUAUCUAUUACAGAAUGCCAAAAAAGAAAGCAGAGAUGUUUCUCUGCAGGAUUUUGUUGCGCAGAAAAUUAGCCUUGAAAGAGACAGUUCACUGUUGGGACUGGUCGCAGCCGCGGCCGAGCUGUAUAGGGGCUUAUCUGUAACGAAGAAGAGGGAGGCUGAGAAGGUGUGGAAGGAUUCCUGUCACUGCCCUGAAGUGCAGGGUCUCGUGGACGAGCUCCUGCAGCUGCAGACAGAGUGGGAUGCCUUCCUGGAGUGUCUAGAUGCUGAGCUGCAGAUGAGUGACCGAACCCUCAGUCACGAGCCACGAGCAGGACGUCUGUCCACAGAGACCACCCUGACAGAUGCCAGGACAGGGGAGCCAGUCACCUUGGCGAAGUACUUGGGAAGAGGUGAGCACGUUCUCCUGGUCCUCAUCAGACAGUUUGCCUGCCUCCUCUGUCGCAUUCACCUGAGUGAUCUGGAAGCCAAUCAGGAUCUCCUGGAUGCCCAGUCUGUGCGCGUGGUGGUGGUGUCGUUCGGCUGUCAGGAGGGGGCUCGUUACUGGCUGGAGGAAACGGCCUGCAGAUAUGACAUGCUGCUGGACCCGCAGAGGAAGAUUUACAGGGCGUUCGGCCUCGGAGCAUCACUUACAAAAGUGUUGAGGUUUAACAACAUGCUUCUCUAUGCUGAAUACAUCCUGUCGAACUAUGAGUUUCCUCGGGCCGCACCAUCCAUUGAGGACGACAUGUAUCAGCUGGGCGGUGAUAUCGUUCUGGGUGAAACUGGGAAAGUGAUAUUCUCCCACUGCUGUAUGAGUCCGGUGGACAGGCCUGCAGUAUCGGAGAUACUGGCUGCCAUUACUAAGGAAAAGCCUCAGGUUUCACCCUGACUCCUAUGAGCACCGGACAGGUCCUGACACUCUAACCCCGUAUGGAUUCAGUGGAAUUCCACCGGAUCUUUUCCAUGAUUCACAAAACCAUUCAUAUAAUUCUUUCAAAAUGUGCUGCUACAGGCCAUUGUGACAACUGUAUUGUCACAAAACAGUUUUCAGAGUACAUUUUCGCAAAAACCACACAAAACACAAAGUCGGUUGGACAACAGCUGAAAAAAUUACUCCAUGAUCCCAGGAAAAGGCAUUGAAGAGAAGGUCCUGGAAAACAGGAGGAGAACAUAAACAGAGGAAUACAGAC